ACAGAGAAAGCGGCUGAGGGGAUUUGCCUGGUGCUGUCUUUGGCUCCGAAAUGGCGGACGUUUUAGAAGGGCCCCGGGUUCGUGUAUCUGCCAGUCAGCUGGCGCAAUAUGUUACAAAGCCCGUCUGUUUCGUGGGACGUCUGGAAAAGAUCCAUCCAUCAGGGAAAUUCUUCUUCCUAGUGGACGGAGAAGGAAAAACUGCAACUGUUGAGCUGAACACACCUCUUGAAGAAGAGAUCUCUGGAGUCAUUGAAGUAGUAGGAAGAGUUACAAAUCAACUAAACAUCAUCUGUAUGGCAUAUACCCAAUUCAGAGAAGAUAAAACCCUGUUUGAUCUUGCACUGUAUAAUGAAGCUCUAAAAGUUAUCCAUGACUUUCCUGAAUACUACCCUUUUGGUACUGAUGCGUGACUGACACUUUUCAUGACAACUUCAGAGUGGACAAGUCUAUGGUGCUUACUGAACAGAAUUAUUCAAAGAUCUUACCAGGAAACAAGCUGGCUUAAAAUGCAUUUGAAACAGUCUGAUAUGCCUACGAUACGGUACAGAAAUGUUCGGAUUUUGUAUUAUAUCCCUCCUAAUGGACUUAAAUAAUGGUGUGCUCUUGAUGGAGAAAAUCUGUGUGUUGUGAAAGGCAAAAUUUUUCAGAUUACCAGUCAGGUAGCCACCUCUCGGUAAAUACCUGUUCAAUUUUUUGUUUUUAUUUUGUGGUUAUAUGGGCAUGAAAAGCAUUGAGAGGUUAAAGAAACUUCCAGUGAUCAGGCAGCACUCUUUCUGCACUAAAGAGACAUGGCUCUUUUAUGAGGCUCAAACCCCAUCUGAGUAUGUCAGAUUUCCAAAGAGUAACAUAUUUCUUUACCCCCUUCCAUGUUUAAACAGAUGACAUGAGUCACUGACAGCCCUUAACAGAAUGGUGACAAAACUUUAAAGAUUGUGUAUUAAGUUAGUAUAUUGCAGGCUUUUUUUGUUUAUUCUGUGGUGAUGAGGGUGAUAAAGAAUGAUUUCUUUUCUAUCACCCUCAUCACCACAGAAUAAACUCAAAAAAAGACUGUGUUAGAUUGGAUUUAGCCCACGUUUUUCUCCACCUGUCUUCUAGCUGGUGUCCCAAGCCAGGAUGAACAAGGAUCCAGAGAAGAUGUGCUGCACUGCAGUUUGUGUCUUCAGGUUGGAAGAUAUGUAAUAAUAAAACUAGAUAAUAUUCUGGCCAUACCCAUCUGCUUCUUAAAACAAGAAGGCAUAGAUAAGACAUUAUCCGCAAAAUGUCCAGCAAAUUAGUUACAGAAGACUUUUGAGGGCUCAAAUCCUUGCUUCCCAGGACCUAUUUCAAGAAUCCCCCUCACCACCAUUGUGAGUAGACACAAUGAUGGUGAAGUUAGGAUUAAAAAGACACAAGCAUCUUUGUGUUAUUACGUUUGUGACUAUGACGAUUUGCCAGGAGAACACAGGAAAAAUAGAGUUUGAGGUUAGGAUCAUAAAGGCAACAUUCUUCAAGACUACUGAAAUGGUUUUAGAUGUGGCACUGGUAAUUAUCAGACAAAGCUUUGACUGUAUGUCUGAAAUUAUUUGAGUAAUUCAUAUAAACACAUUUUGCCAGAAAAAUACAUGAUCUACUACUUCUGUUUUGUUAAGACCCAUGAAGCAAUCCUAACUUUAUUUUUUUUAAAAAAAAAUGCUGGUGCAUGUGUAGGGAUUUGCUAUUAAGUUGUUUCAGUGACUUCA